CACAUAUUAUUGAUCAUGUCGUCGUUGGGAGGAGGGCAAAGGGUGGUGAUCAUCGACGAUGCUUCGAGGGAUGUUGUUAGUCCGGCAGGAUCGAUUCGAUUGGUCCUUCAGCAGUUCUCAUUCAAGGCUGGUGAUGUCCUCAUCCUCUAUGGAAUCCUUCACCAAGUUACUAAUCCUAUGGGGUACAAGAUCAAGGUGGACUCGAGCUCGAUGUUUGGGAUCAACCCGAAGUUGAUUGCAGAUGAAGUUGCCAGGAAGAAAGAUGAGUACACUAACAAUGAAGAGAUCAUCACUAUUUCCAAGCUCUGUCAAAUGGAACAGGCAAGGCCGACUCCAAAGGUGGUCGCCAUGAAAGCUGCAAAGAGUCUAAAGCCGACAUGGCUGAUACUCGACAGGCAGAUGAAGAAGGACAAGACUUACUUCACCGAGAAGCUAUCAUGCGGGAUCUCAAGGAUAAAGCGCAACAACACCAUCGAAGAACUGAGACAGCCCAAACCAAGAAUGGUCCCAAGGAAAUCUGCAGAAAAAGGCAGAAACGAAGAAGAUCGAGAUCGAAAUCAAGGGAAGUCGGCUCUUCUCACCUCAUUGUUUUCUGAUACACCCGGCACACCACUCAUAACAUCCACCACAGCUCGCCUCUACUACGAAUCUUCCUGUUCCGCCGGAUCAAAACCACCACCAUCAUCUUCUUCAUCAGCAGCAGCAUCAUCAUCUACCUCAGAUCCCAGCCUGCAGGAAAAAGACAAACCACCAUCAUCAACCACCUCCUCACAACCCGAAACAGCUAAACACAAGCAUUCAUCUCCGCCGACAUCAGCGACCCAUCACGAGGCCGAAGAAGCAAACCACAAUGAUCAGCCACAGAAGAAUCCAGAAGACAGCAGCCCAGUAAAAGAUGCCACCGUCGUCGUCUUCGCGUUGAAGAACCCGAUCUGCACAGUAUGCAAGAACGAGCGGCCCAACAAGACGGGAUGGCCCAGAAGAAGGGACUUCACUUACACGGAGAUCCACUCUGCCACCGAUGGGUUUUCGAUGAAGAACUUCUUGUCCGAAGGAGGGUUUGGUUCUGUGUUCAGAGGCGAGCUGAAUGGGGUCAAGAUUGCUGUGAAGCAGCAUAAGAAUGCUAGUAUGCAAGGCGAGAAGGAGUUCAAGUCUGAAGUCGAUGUGCUGAGUCGAGUUCGGCACGAGAAUUUGGUUAUGUUGUUGGGCUCGUGCGCUGAAGGAAGCCAUCGAUUGCUUGUUUAUGAGUAUGUCUGCAAUGGCUCUCUGGAUCAGCACCUGUCGAAACAUACCCGAAGGCCGCUGAGUUGGGAGAUGAGGAUGAAGAUAGCGAUUGGAGCUGCGAAAGGGUUGCAGUAUUUGCAUGAGAAUAACAUCAUUCAUAGAGAUAUGAGGCCCAGUAACAUCCUCAUAACCCACGAUUACGAGGCUCUGCUAGGAGAUUUCGGACUGGCAAGAACACAGCAUGAAGACCGGGAGCUUUCGAUGGAGACGAAUGUAGUGGGGACACUGGGCUACUUGGCACCAGAAUAUGCAGAGUACGGGAAAGUGUCGACCAAGACCGAUGUGUAUUCAUUUGGGAUUGUGCUGUUGCAGCUUAUCAGUGGGCUCAAGACCACUGACAAGAGCCUUGGAGGAAAGAGUCUUGUGGGUUGGGCGAGGCCAUUGCUGAAAGAGAAGAACUACCCGGACUUGAUCGAUCAGAGAAUCCUGGAUUCCCACGAUGUUCAUCAGCUGUUCUGGAUGGUGAGAGUGGCAGAGAAGUGCCUGAGCAAGGAUCCUAAGAAAAGAUUGACCAUGGAUAAGGUGGUAUAUGCACUGAAUCACAUAAUGGAAAGUGACACGGGUUGCAGCACAAAGGACUACUCCCCAACGCGGUCGGAUUCCACUCGAGAUUCUACUCCAACGACUACUGAUUCCCCGGAAGACGACACGUGUUCCACCCUCGACGACACACCAUACACCAGCAGCGCAAGCAUAGCGAGUUUGCAUCUUUUCCCGCCGCAGAGCCAGCGAAACCCUCCCACUCCACCACUGCAGCCCUCUUCUGCAGCAGCGACUACAACAGGGCAACAUGAUCAGAAUUCGCCAUGAAAGGGAACUCCAUCGAUCAAGUUAGUUGGAUUUUCACCCCCUUCUAUUGGGUUCUACUUAAUUGUCUCAGCUGGGUUUCCAUUCUAUCUGCUCAAUUAAUUCGUCGAUGUACAAUGGUGGAUUAUAUUCUUGUCAGUGUUUCUUGUCAAUGCAACAACGGCAAAGGAUGAGGUGAAAGUCUUUCAUUUUAGAACAAAGAAAGAUAAUUUGAUCAUCAAGACAGUCAUGGUGCGGCAAGCUAAAAAAGAUGCAAGAUCAUGUCAAGGAUUUGAAUUCAAUCUUGAGAGAGUAGCACAGAUUUGAGAGUCAGUGACCUAUCAGCUGCGAGAUGAAGAUUGUGACAGUUUGAGAAAAAAAUAUCCUUUGUGUUGUGAAUUCAGGCGACUUCCAUUGUUUUUUUUUUGUUCUUCCUCUUCAACAAAUUUAGAGCUUUUGUUGGAUACAUUAUAGGGGUGGCUAAUAAAGUUAUGUUCAUGCAUUUUACCC